GUGUGGGUGAUGAAUAAGUAAGCUUAUUAUUAAGGAGUCAUUAUCGUUUAAGCACUUGAGUUGAAUAAAAGGUCAUACAUUGGAGUAAGCCUAAACCUCGUGUAUUUAUUUAUUUUAGUGGCGCAGUCGGUAGGAUCUGUGAAAAAGAUCCUUAAAACGAACCUAUGCACAAAUGUUCUAACUACAAAGAUUAAAUAUUAAAACAUACAAAGACUAAUUUCAUACUUGAAAUUAAAAAAAAAAAUAUUAUCAGAGAUAUAAAACAAAUAUAAUAAUGGAAAAAGUGUUUUCUAACCUAAUUUGUUAAAUAAGUUUGAAUUGACUUUCAAAUGACCCUUAGAAAGUAAGAGAAGAACUCGUAUUUUAAACUUUAAAGAAAAACUUAAGAGUGACAUUUCAUUUAACAGUAGCACUAAGUGAAACAAAUACAAAUAGUGCAACUGAAAAACUGAAAACUAAAUAAAAGCAACAAAUGAUUGUAUAAACAACAAAAACAUUAUUGCGUGCUAAACUUUUGAACACUACAACACUAAGCAGUCGGCAUAUCUGCAUUGUUGUUUGUGUGCUGUAUGUUACAAACGUGAGAAACAAAACCCAUUUAGUUUUGUUUGCAUUUUGUUGUUACAUAUAACAAAUAUAUAAUCGAUGUGAUGAGAGAUUUAAAUACUUCGCACUUUCCAAUAUAAAAAGAGAAAUAGAUGAACUUAAAUAAAAAGUUAGAAAUUUUAAAUAAGUGCUUAAAAAAAUUAGACAAUUGAAACAAAAACAACAAACAUGGCCGAAGCACAGCAAAUAAGAGAGCUUAGUACUGUAUAUCGAUAGCAUUGAUUCCAUAAUGCCUGUGGUUGAUUCAACGCAACCGACUGAGAAAGCAUUUUAUUUCAACUGCAUACUACGAACUUUACAAGGGGCAGCGUUGGACGUCAAAAGAAGGGAGCAGCCGUCAGAUUGGUCCACACUAAGAGAACUUUUAGUUGAUGAGUUUGGAGAACGCACUCCAAUCUUGACUCUUAUUUUACAAGGAGAUCCAUUCAGCAAUACUAAUUUAUGUCAAAAUCAGACCAGACAGGUGAAGGUUAGCCACCCCAGUCAACAAAGUCAUUGUACCAACUCAUUCAAUGGUCCGAUUACAUAUACCCCAGGCAAUGCCCUGCAAACAAGUUCAUUACAAACACGAGUAUCUCAUCCCGUUGGCUCGAAUCAAUCAAGAAUACGAAGAUAUGGUCAACCUGACCCAAUGGAUCAAGAUGCUUCAAAUUUUCAAUUAGAAGCCUCGGAAGACUACCCUCGAUUAAAUUGACACU